AUGGCCACGACGCCCGGCGGCAAGACGGACCGCCGCCGCGCCGGCUCCAACUACUUCCAACUGGACGCGGACCGCAAGCGCAACACGUCGGCCAACCGCAGCCACCUGAACCACGGCGACGGGCGCGGCACGUUCGGCGACCGCCUCAGCAUGAUGGACGUCGUGCCCCCGCAGGGCGGCAGCGCCAUGCGCGGCGGCGGUCUCGAGGGCGACUUCGCGGACGAGGUGUCCAUCGACUUCUGCUGCGAGGUGCUGUACAACAAGUUCGGCUUCCAGUCGGGCUCGGUGGACAACCAGCGCGAGCACGUGCUGCUGCUGCUGGCCAACGCCAAGGCGCGCUCCAAGCCGCAGGACCCGCCGGGACACCACGUGCUCACGCUGCACAAGAAGCUCAUGAGCAACUACACGGACUGGUGCCAGUUCAUCGGCGCCCAGAGCGUCACGUACACGGGCCAGCCGCAGGGCGACCUCAAGAACGCGCUGCACAUGGACAUCAUGCUCUUCCUGCUGCUCUGGGGCGAGGCCGGCAACCUGCGCCACAUGCCCGAGUGCCUCUGCUACCUGUACCACCAGGCGCUGUGCAUGCUCAACCAGGACUUCCUCGGCCAGCAAAAGGUGCCCGAGGGAUGGUACCUGCGCCAGGUCGUGCGCCCCAUCUGGAAGGAGGCCAGCAACAUGCAGCGCAAGAACAGCCUCGGCAAGAACCUCGAGCACACGCAGGUGCGCAACUACGACGACAUCAACGAGUACUUCUGGAAGAAGUACUGCCUCAACAUUGACAUCACGCAGAUCGGAGACGAGCUCACCAAGAAGCACACCAAGACGUACUACGAGCACCGCAGUAUCUUCACGCUCGUGCUCAACUACUACCGCAUCUUCCAGUUCAACAUGAUGUUCAUGAUGGUGCUCAUGGCCAUCGGCUUCAUCUCGGCCAUCUCGCCCAGCGGCGGACAGGAGUGGUUCGCCCAGUUCGGCUCCAUGGGCCAGGUCGUCGAGCCCUACCAGCAGCAGGACGUCAAGCUCACGUACGUGGGUAUCGUGUUCGCGCUUUCGUCUAUGGGCUUCUGCAAGACUGUGCUGGAGGCCUGCCACGGCUGGCAUUUGCUGACUGCUAGCGAGUCGUCGCAGACGUCGUCACGGUCGUUCAACUACGGAGGUGCUCUGGUGGUCCGCAUGCUCUGGAACGGUGUCUUCGCGGGUAUCUUCGGUCUGAUGAUCUACACUCCGUUGAUCACGAGCGAGAACACGGAGCUGCUGGACAAGGCGGCCAUGGCGUCGGCUGCCUACAUCAUGCCUGGCGCGAUCAUCAUGACCAUUCAGGCCUUUGCGCCGUCGAUGAUCAACAAGACGUUCGCUGCCAAGUUCAUUCGUGAGGGUGAGACGUGCUACGUUGGUCGUAACAUGGCGCCGCCGCUGAGCUACCAGAUCAAGUACAUCACCUACUGGCUCGUCCUGUGGGCGCUGAAGGCCUACAUUUCGUACUUUAUCCUGGUGCGCCCGCUGAUUCUCCCGUCGCUUGCCAUUUACGAGAUGGAGCUGGAGUACGGUAGCAACGUGGUGUCGUUCCACAACUUCGGUGUGAUCGCUGCGCUGUGGUUGCCGGUGAUUUUCAUCUUUAACUACGACACCCAGAUUUACUUCACAGUGUUCCAAGCUUCCCUUGGUGGCAUCCAGGGUCUCAUCAUGAAGACCGGUGAAAUUCACGGCAUCAAGGAGAUCACCAAGGCCUUCCGUGUGGCACCUCAGCUGUUCGACCAAAAGGUUGUGACCAGCCUUGCUCGGUCAAACGACGCUGCCGCCGAUGGGUCUGCCGCUGCUUACCAGUCGCAGAUGAUGCUGCGUUUCGUCGUUGUGUGGAACGAAAUCGUGAAUUCUUUCCGCGAGGGCGACCUGGUGGACGACAAGGAAGCCGCCAUUCUGCAGUACGAUAUCCAGAGCUCUGGAGAUGUGUUUGAGCCGGUGUUCCUGUCGGCAGGUAAGCUUGUGGAAGCCCUCGACUACACGGUCAAGCUGGCCAAGGAAGGCAAGGGCGAUUCGCAACUGCAGGUGUACAUGGUGCAGAAGGACUGUCUCUCUGCUGUGCGUAGCUUCUUCACGGCUAGUAUGUACGUGAUGGAGGCGCUCUUGGGCAGCGACGAUGCUGAUAUCCUGGAUGCGCUCCGCCAAAUGGAGACGAUCGCUGCAAACGGCAGCUUCAUGAGUACCUUUGACGCUAAGAGCUUGGUGCAGCUGCGUACUGUGUCGAUGGAGUUUUUGGAGGCUGUGAUGGAUCUGCCGGACCCGGACGCUCAGUCGUCGCACCUGACGACGUCGCGUGUGCACACCAUGGGCGUGGUCCGCAACUUCGUGACCAAGAUGGAGAACCUGCUUAACGCUAUCCGCAUCCUCGCGAACCGACCGGAGCUCGCCGCCAAGUUCAGCAACUCCAAGUUCUGCUCAAGUGCGAACGGCUACGUGUUUGCUGCCCGUGGUCUGGUGAACCUCUUCCACAACGACACUGCUAUGGGCGCCGCUACGCGCGCCUACUUGCUGAUGUCGCUCGAGAAGGCGGACGCGAUGCCGCGCGUACCGGAAGCCCAGCGUCGUCUUGGUUUCUUCAUGAAGUCGCUUGUGAUGGAGAUCCCGCAGCUGAUGUCGGUGAAGGAAAUGCACUCCUUCUCUGUUGUGACGCCGUUCUACAGUGAAAGUGUGCUCAUCUCGCUAGCAGAGCUGAACGACCCUCUGGUAAACCACCCUGUUUUCAAGAAGGUCGAAGAGAAGGGCAAGAACAUUACCAUUCUGAAGUACCUGAUCACAAUUCACCCGGAGGAGUGGGAGAACUUUUUGGAGCGUAUUGACGUGAGCUCUGCAGAGGAGGCAGAGGCAAACUAUCCGCUUGAAAUUCGACUCUGGGCUUCUUAUCGUGGUCAGACGCUCGCUCGUACUGUGCAGGGUAUGAUGCUGUACGAAGACGCUAUCAAGAUCCUUCACUGGCUGGAAAUCGGUUCGAGCCCUGGUAAGACUGCUGAGCAGAAGCAAGCUCAACUGGAGGACAUGGUGCGUCUCAAAUUCUCGUACAUUUGCGCUUGUCAAGUGUACGGUAAGCAUCGCAAGGAGGGUAAGGCCCAGGCCGAUGACAUUGACUACCUUCUGAAGACGUACCCGAACUUGCGUGUCGCUUAUGUCGACACGAUUGUGACUGACGGUGGCAAGCAGUUCGACACUGUGUUGAUCAAGAGUGAAGGCAACGAAAUCGCGGAGGUGUACCGUUACGAACUGCCUGGCGACCCGAUUCUUGGUGAAGGUAAGCCUGAGAACCAGAACAACGCACUUCCGUUCACGCGUGGUGAGUACCUGCAGACUAUUGAUAUGAACCAGCAGCACUACUUCGAGGAGUGUCUGAAGAUGCCGCAGCUUUUGGUGACCGCUGACCUGCACCCUUCGAAGAAGCCUGUGUCGAUUAUUGGUAUGCGUGAGCACAUUUUCACGGGUAACGCUUCGUCGCUGUCGAAGUUCAAGUCAUGGCAGGAGCUGGUGUUCGUGACGCUAUCUCAGCGUGUGCUGGCUGACCCGCUGUACGUCCGUAUGCACUACGGUCACCCUGAUAUUUUCGACAAGAUUAUUGCAAUGCCUCGUGGUGGUGUGUCGAAGGCUAGUAAGGGUAUCAACUUGUCUGAAGAUGUGUUCGCCGGAUUCAACUCGACGCUUCGUGGUGGUGUCGUGACGCACGUGGAGUUCAUGCAGUGUGGUAAGGGUCGUGACGUGGCUCUUUCCCAGAUUUCCAUGUUCGAGGGUAAGCUCGCUAACGGUGCCGGUGAAACCUCUCUCGCCCGUGAGGCCCACCGCAUGGGUCAGUUUAUGGAUUUCUUCCGCUUGAACUCGAUGUACUACUCGCACACGGGUUUCUACUUCGCUACGUGGAUGACAAUUGUGACGACCUUCGUGUACAUGUACUGCAAGGUGUACCUGGCUCUUGCUGGUGUUCAGCAGCAAAUUGUGUACAACAUGAACUCGACUGCUGUGAUUACCGACAACAUUGAGAACAAUUUCGACGAGCGUGUGUUCAAGGACUUGAAGGCAGUGCUGAACACGCAGUUCUACAUCCAGGCCGGUACCUUCUUGAUGCUUCCGCUGAUGUGCGUGUACUUCGGCGAAGGCGGAUUCGUGCGCGGUAUGACGCGAUUCAUCGAUAUGAUCAUCACGCUCGGCCCCGCUUUCUUCGUGUUCCAAGUCGGUACAACGAUGCACUACUUCGACAACAACAUCGUGCACGGUGGUGCCAAGUACCAGGCCACGGGCCGUGGUUUCAAGAUUUCUCGAGAAACGCUGGUGUUAUUAUACAAAGCGUAUGCAAGUUCACAUUAUCGAAAAGCUUGGGAGCUGAUCGGUUUGUGUCUUGUGUACUUGGCCUUUGGUAACUUCUACAUCUGUCAGACCGACGCGUCUGCCAACGACAACACUUUCGCGUCCGACUACUGUGAGACUGCCCAGGCUUACGGUGUGCAGACGUUCUCGGUGUGGUUCAUUUCCAUUCUGUGGGUGGUCGGCCCCUUCAUGUUCAACAGUGACGGUCUCGACUUCAGGAAAACCAAGGUUGAUGUCAAGCAGUGGUGCAUGUGGAUGUUUGCUCCGGAAGACUACAAGGAUGAUGAUCCGGCGAACAAGGGUGGCUGGGUAGGCUGGUGGAAGGGCGACCUGGAGCAGCUGCACAACUCGAACAUGAUCUCGCGUGUCACUGUUAUCCUCCGUGAAAGCCGACACUUCCUGCUCAUGUUCUACGUGGCAACCCUCGAGACAUCUGACAUCAUGUACGUCGGAUACUCGCUUGGUGCUGCGAUUGCAACCGUCGUUCUUCUCGGUGUGUUCCACGGUGUCGGUAUGGGAAUGCGGUCCAUGAGUCCGGUUACUCGUGCGGUCAUCUACUUCGUUACUAUGGCCGGCUUGGUCACCGCUUACUUCCUCGCUGCUUGGAUCGUGAUGGACUGGAAGUUCAAGUACUCACUUUCGCUCUUCUUCGCGUACGUCGCUGCGCUGUACGGCAUCAACGAGUGCUUCCGCAUGUGGAGCUUCCCGAGCUCGUCGAUUGCUGGCAUCCCGGUGUUCCAGCAGCUGCAGUUCCUGUUCGACUUCAUUUUCUGCACGGGUAUGAUCAUCCCGUUGGUCGUUAUGUCCUGCAUCCCGUUCUUGAACAUCAUCCAGACGCGUAUGAUGUACAAUGAGGGUUUCUCCAAGGUCAUGUCGGCCUCGUCGCAGUAUGCGUUCUCGUUGGCGGCCUUCAUGGGUAUUCUCGGUGGUGUUGGUGUGGGCUGGCUGUUCAAUCUGCUGUCUACGCUGGAGCAGUCCGCAAGUUUUGCUAGUUACGUGGUGACGUACGAUGGUGUGCUCAGUGGCAAUGUCGGCGACGGCACCACGACGUACAUGCUGUACGGUGCGUGCUUUGUUGGUACCAUCAUCUCAGGCUUCCUGAACUUCUUCCUCGGCCGUCGCUUGGCCAUCGUUGCCGGUGGCUUGUUCAGUACCCUCGGCAUGGUGGCUGUCAGCGCGAACGACGAUCUGCGUAAGACGCUGCUCAUGCCUGGUAUUGGUCUGCUCGGCGCUUCGUGCGGUAUUCUGCUGCCUUCGCUUGCCAUCUACAUCUUCGAAAUCUCCACGAAGGAGAUGCGUGGUAAGGCCAUUCUGCUGCUGGGCAUGGGUUUCAUUGCUGGUAGCUUGCUUGGCGGUAUUUUCGCUACCGUGAACCAGUUGGGCUGGAUUUGGCAGACGUUUGCUGCCUGCAUUGUUAUCGCGCUGGUCACUCCGGUGGUGAACGUGUUCCCGGAAAGUCCGUACUGGGUCCUGGACCGCAAGGGCUGGGAAGCGUGCGAGGCCUGCCUCGUUAUUCUGCGUCGUAAGCCGGACGUCCAGGAAGAGCUGAAGAUCAUGCGUGAAGAGGAGACUUCGGACGAUGGUGGCUCGGGUCCUUUCAAGUUCUUGAUUGGCCUGUUCCUGAUGCUCGUGUCGUCGCUGACGACUGGCUUCCUCAACGCCUUCAUCAGCUACAAGGGUGCCAGCGAGUACACGGAUCAGGAUCAGCUCUUCGUCAACGCCAUGGCGCUGCAGAUCUCUGGAGCCGUCAUCGCCUUCUUCUUCAUCGACAAACUGGACCACAAGUCCGUUCUGUUCGGUACGCUCAUCCCCGUGGCCAUCUGCGCUGGUGUGCUGGGCUUCAACGAGACGUCGCAGUUCCUGGCCAACACGGAAGGAUCGGGCUUGUACGUCAGCCUCGUGGUCAUGCUCAUGUACUUCUUCAUGGGUCUGGGUACGAGUUCUGCCCCGUGGUCGGCCUGUGUCGGCAUGUUUAACACGCGUGGCCGGGCCUCCUCGACGACGAUGCUGUUCACCAUCUUCUUCAUGGCCGACCUUGGAUACGUGUACAUGCACACGCACGACACGAUGAUGGAGAAGGAGUACCUGUACCUGUACGCCAUUGCAGGCUUCAGUGUGGUCGCCCUGGUACUUAUCCUGGGCGCGGGCACCAAGAGAAACGGCAUCAUCUGCACCAAGGCUGAAGCUGAGCGUGACCGUGAUCGCGCGGCUCGCAUGCGUGCCGAGCGCGCAAGUCGCAACACGCGGACUCCUGGCAACGCCCGACAGCGGAACAUCAGCCGUGUUCGGUCCAAGUCAAAUGUCGGCGGUCAGCGCGGCAACGCUACCCCUGGCGGCUACGCGAUGUACGAAACCCCCUCCAACGCCGCGCCGCCGCUCAUGCACGCGCGCCCGUAG